AUGUCGACUGCAGCCACAACCACUACUUCAAACUCGAUCAGGUUACCUUCCAUUCAUGAGUUAACCGGAAAAUCAAAUAAGGAGUUUCAUAAUCACCAUCAAAGUAGUGCUCAUGCGCUUGCUUCUCCUAGAUCGUUUGUUGAUGCCACAGGACAGCCGCCAGUUUUAUCUAGUCUUAGCGUAAAUACUAAUAUCAACGACACAACUACACUCAAGAUGCCACCAAUCAAACCAAUGACUUCAUCUAGUGUUGCAUUCAACAAUUCAACCAAUAGUACACCCAUUGCACCAGUCCCGAAUGGAAACAUCUUGUCGAAACCGGUAUCACUUGGUUCACCAGCUAUAAACUACUAUGAUAAGCAGCAGACCCUGUUGCCAAGACACGAACCAGUCAUUACUCAAGCCGGUGCUGUAUCAGCAACAGCUGCAGUUACUGCUCCACAAUCUGCAGCAACUACCUCAACUAUUUCUUCACCAACUUUUCAUCUUCAAUCAACACAGAAGCAGCCACAUCACCACUAUCACCACCAGCCGCAAGCACCACCUCCACCACCCUCAUACCAAUCACCAAUAGAGUAUUAUGGAGGACAUGGCUCGUCUCAGUAUUGUCAACCAUCUAGAUCUUACUCCGCACCUGUACCACAAUAUCUCCCACACCAUGCAUCCUAUCACUCACAAUCUCAUUACACAGUUCAGCAUCCCAAUAAUCAUGGCUUACAAAUGGGUCAACCUUAUACAAUAGCUGAAGUUGUACCUAAAACCACAAACAAAUGUCACAGAUGUGGUACUACUGAAACACCAGAAUGGAGAAGGGGCCCUAAAGGAGUAAGAACAUUGUGUAACGCUUGUGGUUUGUUUCAUGCCAAGUUAGUCAAGAGAAAAGGUGCCGCUAUCGCCGCUGAAGAAGUAUUGAAUAACCGUGUCACGAAAGGUAAAAAUGGAAGAAGAAUAAGUACCAGAAAACUGUUGGGAAAUGCACCCAACGUUUAUCAUCAAAGAGGAGAGAGUGCUGGUCCAUUGCAAGGUUUACAGCAACAUCUACAACAUUAUCCUGGUAAAUUUGCUGUUCUUCUCCUGCAAAACCAUUCAACAAGUCCCUUACAACAACCACCUUUAUCUUCUUCAUCUACACAAGCUUAUCUGCUUCAUCACCAACAACAUCAAUUACCACCUCCCCCAAACUCAAAUUAUGCGCCACAGGGAUACAUGGCAUUGCCACCACCUGCAUUGUCAUUGAAUGCACCUAUACAUUACGACAGUCAAGUUCCGACUAUGCCUUUAGUUCAUCAUUAA